AUGCUCUUUAAUUUACACAUCAAAUUUCAAUGGAAGAGAACAGGUUCACUUUUGAAUGAAUGGUCUAUAGAAGAUUUUGCUAGAGCAUUAUACAAUGGUGACAUUAAUAAUUACAAGUCGCUGCACGAUGAAGUUCUACAAUAUUUUAGUGGUUAUAAUGAAACUAAUAUCGAUUAUAAUUUUUCAAACGAAAUAGAAUUAUUAGAACAAUUAGAAGAAAGAGAUGACCAUAGCAGUGUUGACAAUAUGUGUAGAAAAUUAAAUAAUUGGUUAUAUGUUAUGAAAAAAGAAAAUGCUUAUGUUUUUAUGGCAGCAAAGCGCAUACUGGUUUUAUUAGGACGUGUUACAAAUGAUAUUACAGAUAAGUAUCAUUGUAGCUUUGAUUGGUUUACAAAUGAAGAAGAAUUUGAGAAUUUAAUAAAAUUAUAUAAUUUUAAUGAGCAUAUUGAUUCUACUAAAGAUAAAAUUAACGAAACAAUCACUGAAAAGUAUAAUUAUUUCUGCCACUAUGUACGUAGUUGUAUUGAAACAUAUAAUAAAUAUAAAAAAAGUCAUUGUAAUGGAAGUAAUAAAAAUCAGAGUACACUUUGCAGCGAAUUAAAAAAUUUUGAGGAAAAUUACAAAACUUAUAUAUUAAAGUCAGAUGAAUUAAAAGAAAAAUUUCCACCUUUAGAAUCAGUUACGCAUGGUUCUCAAGUAAAUUGUGCAUCAACUAGGGAACGUGAUUAUAAUAAGAAAAUUACAUUAACAAAAUAUAAAAAUGUUGGGUGUUAUUUGAAGAGUACGCUACAUAAUAAUGGUGAUAUUCCUCUGAGUCCUGAUGGAGAAGGAACAGACAUUAGAGUAAUAGUUUUUGAAAGUUAUCACGUGUUCGAUAAUUUAUACAUAUAUAAAAAGAAUGAGAGUUCGUCUAAGCAUACCCCUGGUAUGAGGGCAUUUACUCAAAUUUGCAACAAUGCUAAAACUUUCAUUAGUAACUGGGACGAUGAUUCAAGAAAUCUUUGUGAACAUUUUAUAUUAUUUUUUAUGGCAUUACGUACUGACAUGUUUGGAACUGGAAAUAUUGGUUGUAAUUAUGGUGAGUUCUUAAAUUUUUGGUUAAGUAAAAAAUUAAGAGGAAUGACUAAACCUGAUGAAUUUAGGGAACAGUUUUAUGAAUAUAUGAAUAGUAAUAGAGGAAAAUUUGAUGAAGAUGAUAUAUUAAGUGGUAUACUAAAUGAUAUUUCUUUGGAAGAUUUAAAUAAAUUAGAUGUAUUAUAUAAUUUGUAUGAUAAUUACAAUAAAAUUGAACACGAAAUAAUCGAUGAGAGACAAAGGAAAACACAAUGCCGGGAAUAUGGAAAUAAAUGCGUUGAAAUAUUAAGAAAAGCUAUAAAUCAAUAUGAUGAAGAAGACAAAAAUAAAGAAUUUUUUAAUGCAUUAAAAGAAUUUAGCCAUUUAUACUCAAAUGGUAUAUAUAAUUCCGAAUCGUGUAAAUAUGUGAAGUUGCCGCAACUACCAAAAUUCAAAUCAUUCGCUUCGACGAAUCAGGGAAUUACCCAUGAUGGAGAAGCUAAAUCUUGUGAAAAUAUGUUGAAGAGUCUAGAAGCUAUAGAUCAUGAAAAAAUAGAUAAAUUUCAUAACAUUUUAAAAUCCUUCAAUGUAUUAGAUAAAUAUGAGAAAUUUAAUAGUGUGGAAUAUUCAGAUUACAAAAAAUACUGUAAAGAUAUUUGUAAUUUAGAGGCACAUUUUCCUGGUGUGAGAGAACUUUGCGCGAAGGUUUCAAAGAAUUUAGAAGAUAUAGCUUUAGAAAGUAAGAAAGAUGAACGAAAUGAAUAUUGUGAAAACUUUUACUAUUGGUUAUCUGACAACAUAUGGAAUUUAUUCAGGAAAAAUUUAGAAUAUAUUGAGAAAAAGCCUGAUGUUCUUAAAUUUCUAAAAGUAGUUUACGAUAUUAUAUAUAGGUUAAAUAUCACCGAGUGUUUGUUUCAUUAUAAUCCCUAUGAGCGUAAAGAAGUAUUAAAAGAAAAAAAACAUUUGUAUUAUUAUUUUAGAUAUUAUAAUACAAUUAAAGGUUUUAUUGACAGCAAUAACGAAGUAGAAAAUAAAGAAGACUACUGUAAGUACAUUAAUUACAUAAUAGAUCUUUAUGAAAAACAUUUACCAAAGUGCUGCUCCUGUUUUUCUGGUAUUGAAAAUUGUUCUGAGUAUUGUAAAGAAUACUUUAAGUGCAGUAAAGAUUAUUAUCCUGGCGACCUAAUUUCCUUGUUGCGUUGUGAAUAUGAAGAACCCGUUAAAAACGUAGAAGAAUUAUUUAAACAUGUAACAGUAAGCAGAAAUGAUCUUAUAUUGGUAUCUAAAGAAUUAGCAAGUCCAUCUGUAAAAUUAGAACAUAAAGAUCCCUUUUACAGCAUUGUGUUAUUUGUUUUUAGCGUACUCGGAAUUUUCUUCGCGUUUUUUGUGUUUUACAAAUUUACACCAUUUGGAACUUGGUUGCACAAAAAUAAAAUAAGGGAAAAAAAUAUUAGAUAUAACAUGCAGGAAGAAUAUAUGGAGAGAUUAUCAGAAAGAAGACGAGAAUCCGAUAAUUUUAAAUCAAAAAGCAAACGAAUACAAAUAGCUUAUCAGAACAAUUAA